UCAUAUUAACUCACUCAAAAUUCAGAAACAAAGACUCAAAUUGAGUUUCGGAGUUAAGGGGCAUGGGUAGAUUAUUAAUGCGUUUUUGUUUUUAUAUACAUCUUAAUUUUGUUUUCAGAAUUUUCAAUUACAAAAUCUAAUCAUGAAAUUUAUAAACAAACUUGUAAUUUUAUUAAUCGUUCUGCUGUCAACUCUUUUCGUUAAUAUCGCUGGUAAAAAACAUGGACAGUCUCGUCAGAAAAGAAUGCCGGGAACCAAACCAAAAAACAAGCAUAUUCACAAAUAUCUCAACAAAGGGGCCACAGUGGAUUGUUUCCAAGCUUUUGAUGAUUGUCGUCAAAGCCCAAAAUGUCGAAGUGCCAUUCAUGCACUCGACAAAAAAUGCCGGGUUGUUUCGGGACAAUGUAGCGCAGAAAAAGAAAAACUUAAUAGGUGUGGAGAAAUAAUGGAUCUUCUCUUCUUGAACGGAUUUCCAGAAAAUAAGUGCAGGUGUGAACACAACUUGCAAAGAUGUUUCAAAUUGUACAACAAAAUUUAUGCAAAUCCGUGUUUUGCCGCAGUCAGACGUCAUCGUCAAAAGGAGGCUGCUUCCGCUUUGCUCGGCGAUUUUGAGGCGUCAACGCCGCUUUUAGAACCUCUCAAAGACCGCGAAACCGGCAUUUUACACCGGGGAAACGGAAUGCGAACCAACAGAACUGAAAUCGGCAACGUCGAAGGCAUAUCCAAAUCUACAAUUUCUGUCAGCACCAGCGAAACUGAAUCAGAAGAAAUUCUGAUCAUACCUGAGUUUGACUUCGACGAUGAAAUUCUCGAAGAAGAACUUGUAUUUGGAGAUGAGGGCUUUGCGAAACCUCCUCCGAAAAGAAAAACAACCCCAUCGCAACCCACCAGACCCGGCAUCAACAGUGAAGAUGAAAAAGACGACAAGUUAGACAACGCACACAACAAAGACUCAUUUAAUGAGGAUACCGGACCGAAAUCUACACUCACAUCUCACUAUGAUGCUAGCAAUUCAAAUUUAAAUGAUCAAGGAGAGCACAAGAAAAUAUCAUCAUCAAAUAAUAUCGAUACUGAUACAGAUAAAUCUAAUGAAGAUAGUAGCGAUAUUUACAGAGCUAUAGGUAUUGCAUUGGGGCUAUCAUUCGGAAUAUCAAUUUUUAUAACAAUUAUAUAUUUAAUUUUGAAAAGGGCGAAAGCGUCUCUUUUCUACAAAAACGGACGAGUAAUAAGAAAAAUCAGUGAAAACGGUGGAUCAUCGGCCCGUUUGAAAAGCGACUCGUCGUUCGGGCCUUCUAGAGCGUGACAAUCUGUACCUAAAACGCGAUAAAUAAAACUGAAAAGUUUGUAAACUUCGAAAGCAAGUCGGUACACGAGAAAACGAAGGAAAAAGACUACCGAUAAGACCACAAAAAUAAGGCAUUGACUGAGCCUGUCAAAGUCCAAAAUCACGAUAUAUUCAUUUGGCCGUUAAUUUUGUCGCCAUGCGCUUCGUAUUGUGUGAUAGCAAUUUUUACAAGGUUUUUAUUUGUUUCUUAGUCAUAAAAUUUGCCGAAUAAGCCUAUAAGAAGCAAGAUCAUAAACAUUAAAGAAUAGGACGUAAUAUUUGAAACAGUUACAGAAAGUGGAAGCGCUAUUUUGCGAGUAAAUAUGCUUAAUACGUCACUUUAUUAUUGAUUUUGAGUUGUUUACUAUACCCUCCCUUAAAAAAGCCUUAAGACAAGUUUUCAUUUCCAAUAGGAGUUGGGUAAUUCGAAUCUAAUAUGAUAGAAGUAGGCGGAUGUUAUACUUUCCGGCCAAGAUCGGGGUACAAAGCUUGUAAGUCUUACGAAACAGGACUAGAAAUAAAGAAACGUUUUUUAGCUGCGAUGUCGGUUAGAUUGUAUAUCAUUUAUUUUGUCCACGAUUGCCCAAAAAAGAGAAACCAAAAAUUUACUAAUUAUUUAUACAAAAAAGAAGAAAACUUAUUCAACACUUGCGCUUCUAUUUGUGUAUGAUUGUACCCAAAAGUUUCAGUAAUCUAGAACGCUUUGCACAAAAGUAGUUUUCUAUCUAGAAUACUAAAUAACCUGAGUUUUUUUUUUGCCUCAUCCUACUUGACAAUUGUUUGUAUUUACAACAUUAUAAAUGAGAAUUCCAUAUAUACAGAAAAAGUGUGAUAAAUUUCUGCAGACAGCAUUAAAUAUACCUAAGUUAUGUAUAGGUUUAAAAAAAUUAUAUUUCUGAACUCAAAAUAUGUUUGCUUUAUGUGGUGGAUUGUUGCGACAAACUUCGAAUUAAAAAUAUCUAAAUCCUUUUCGAAUGAUAUAGCUCACGAUAAGCGUUUAUUAUUUUACGUUUAAGUGAUAAUUCUCCCAAUAUAUAUGCCCACAAAUUAGGUUUUUAUCAUUGGAUUAUCAGGGAUUUUCGUGCGAGCCUUCCCCGCUCGAAGCUCACUUUUUCCUUUAACCCGCUUUAAAACUACUAUUCAAAUAUUUUAGUCCGAAAUUAUAUAAUGUUGUUUUAUUGAUUUUUCUUGAUAAAAUAUAAGUUAAUUGCAAGGGUGGAGUCACUUCGACAUCACAUUUAUAAUUUAUUUAUUAUUUUUGGAGCUUUGAAUUUUGGUUAAAACGUGCGAUAAACUACAAUUAAACUUUUGUUUGCUUUUAUAUAGCUUGCAAAAUUAUAGAAAAUUGUUUUUGUCAGGUUACGUAUGGCCAUGCAUAAAAUCAGUCAUGAUUUUCAUAUGAUACAAUAAAUCUACCGGUAAUCGAUUUAUAAUAGAAUAAAAAGGUUAAUAAUAAAAUGGAAACGUUUCAAUAAGUAACAUAUUUAUUUCUUCAUUUUUAAUAAAUUACUGUGAAUUUUUCUUUUUCUGAUAUUUUUCUGUUUCUUCUCUUAUGUGUGCCUGUGCGUGUGUGUGAUUUGAGCUCAAAAAUAAACUUAUA